UGCAAAUCUCCCUACAUUCAACUGCACGAAUCAUAGCCUGCAUAACUUCAACGGCUGCACCACACUGAAUUGGAAGCUACCGUCUAAAUGGCCUCCCCGAAAGAGCGGAUCCGUCGCCCUGACGAGGAUUGGUCCGGGAUCACCGAUCCUGCUCUUCGCAAGAAGUUGCAAAACAAGAUCAACCAGCGUGCUUUGCGAGCGCGAAAACGCCAAGACCGGCAAGAAGCCCUGCGCUUGCAGCAGGCCAAAAAGCAGAGCCUGGCUGAUCUGCCCCGUUCAUAUGCUCUGAUACUUCCACGACCAGAGCAGUCCCAAGUCGAAGACCAGAUAUUGAGUCCGCGACGACCGCAAAGCCAGCCCACCACACUCGUCGAGGCCGUAGCAAUGAUGACGCGCUUCUGCGCAGCUGCCUAUGAUCGAUACUAUACCGCCGAUCCCUGCCUAGACCAGCUCUUUACGCUCUCCAAAUUUAAUGUGCUUCGUGCUUUUGUGGAUAAUAUGGUAACAUUGGGUUUGAGUAUUGACGCCAUGGGAGAUGACGUUAUCUCCCCAUUCAAUAUGGCUUCCCCAGGAAACCCUAGCCGACAGAGCCUUCCGGCGAGUCUCUUCCCCACAUCGACUCAAUGCACCAUCUCCCACCAUCCCUGGCUGGACUGUUUCCCGUUCCCGCGGAUGCGAGACAAUCUGGUCCGGGCCGCGGACUCGUUCAAUGAUUGCGAGCUGUGUACCGAUAUCGUGGACCCCACUAACGGCGAUAUCGGGAUGAUGGUGUGGGGAGACCCUUGGCUGCCGCAGAGCUGGGAGGUGUCGCAGUUAUUUGUGACCAAGUGGGCGUGGGUGAUUGAGGGGUGCCCGGAGAUAAUCGUGCAUAGUAAUUAUUGGAGGGGUAGACGGGGGCUUCAGAGGCUCAAAGUGGGCGCCACGUUAACAACAGCCUUCGGUGCACAGAAUGCCUCGCUACCAUUUCGGUGAAUUGGGACUACAUACUGUACUACCACUACGCACAACCACGAGUACGCUGCUUAAAGUGUGCUGGCACACCCG